AUGGGGGCGGUGCCAAGCCUUCCGGGCUGCUGCGCAGGGCGGCCGGGGCACAGGUCUAACACCAUGGACACCUUAUCAGAAGCAAACAGCACCUUUGCCUUGAACCUCUUGAAAAAGCUGGGUGAAAAUAACUCACAAAAUGUGUUUUUUUCACCCAUAAGCAUCUCUUCUGCCCUGGCCAUGGUCUACAUGGGUGCUAAGGGGAACACCGCCACCCAGAUGUCCCAGGCACUUUCUUUAAAUAAAAACAGAGGUGCAGGUGAUGAUGUUCACCAAGGUUUCCAGUCGCUUCUCACCGAAGUUAACAAAACUGACACUCAGUACUUACUCAGAACGGCCAACAGGCUCUAUGGAGAAAAGACAUAUGAUUUCCUCUCAUCUUUUAAAGAUUCCUGCCUCAAAUUCUACCAAGCAGAGAUGGAAGAGCUUGACUUUGUUAAUGCUACAGAGGAGUCCAGAAAACACAUAAACACAUGGGUAGCCAGUAAGACAGAAGGUAAAAUUACAGACUUGCUGCCUUCAGGUACAGUUAAUUCAAUGACUAAACUGGUUCUCGUGAAUGCCAUCUACUUCAAAGGAAACUGGGAUAAUCAGUUUAACAAACAACAUACCAAGGAAACACCUUUUAAAAUCAGCAAGAAUGAGGAAAAACCUGUGCAAAUGAUGUUUAAGAAAUCUACCUUUAAAAUUACCUAUAUAGGAGAAAUAUUUACCCAAAUUCUAGUGCUUCCCUAUGUCAAGAAAGAGCUGAAUAUGAUCAUCAUGCUUCCAGAUGAAAAUACCGAUUUGAGCAUGGUGGAAAAAGAACUUACUUAUGAGAAAUUCAUGGAAUGGACAAGGCCUGAUAUGCUGGAUGAGGAAGAGGUAGAAGUCUUCCUUCCUAGAUUCAAGUUGGAGGAGAAUUAUGACAUGGAGGAUGUCCUUUGCAGUCUAGGCAUGACCGAUGCCUUUGACCAGGGCAAGGCAGACUUCUCUGGAAUGUCAUCUAAGAGAGACCUGUAUCUAUCCAAGGUCGUGCACAAGUCUUUUGUAGAAGUCAAUGAGGAAGGCACAGAGGCAGCGGCUGCCACCGCUGCCAUCAUGAUGAUGCGCUGCAUAAGGAUCACCCCCCGAUUCUGUGCUGAUCACCCUUUCCUCUUCUUCAUCCAGCACAGCAAGACAAAUGAGAUUCUGUUCUGUGGCCGGUUCUCCUCUCCAUAA